GGUCACAAGGGAACCGGAAGUGAGGGGCGGCGCGUAGCAACUCCUCUUUCUCUGCCUCUUUGGGGCGAGCAAGGAAGGCACGUGCGGGGCCCGGUCGCUAUCGUCAUGAGCCGCUUCAAAUUCAUUGAUAUUGGUAUUAACUUAACUGAUCCUAUGUUCAGAGGCAUAUACAGAGGUACUCGGAAACAUCAAGAUGACUUCUUGGAGGUAAUAGACAGAGCAAUCAAAAUUGGGGUUCGAAAGCUCAUCAUCACAGGUGGGAGUUUGCAAGAUAGUGAAGAUGCCCUGCAGCUGGCCCAAACCAAUGAAAUGUUUUACAGUACUGUUGGCUGCCACCCCACUCGCUGUGGAGAAUUUGAUCAGGGUAACCCUGACCAGUACCUGGCAGAGUUGCAAGAUUUAGCUGAGAAAAACAAAGGGAAAGUUGUCGCAGUCGGAGAGUGUGGCCUGGACUUUGACAGAUUAGAAUUCUGCCCCAAAGACAUCCAACUCAAGUAUUUUGAAAAACAGUUUGAUCUAUCUGAACAAACCAAAUUGCCAAUGUUUUUGCACUGUAGGAAUUCACACCCGGAAUUCGUAGAAAUAAUGAGACGAAACAGAGGGAGAUGUGCAGGAGGAGUGGUCCACUCUUUUGAUGGCACUAAAGAAGAGGCAGCAGCUAUAAUAGAUCUGGAUCUUUAUAUAGGGAUAAAUGGCUGUUCUCUGAAAACUGAAGCCAACCUAGAAACAGUGAAGUCAAUUCCCAGUGAAAGGUUAAUGAUAGAGACAGACGCUCCCUGGUGCGGAGUGAAAAACACCCACGCAGGCUCAAAAUUUGUAAAAACCACAUUUCCAACAAAAAAAAAAUGGGAAGUGGGACACUGCCUAAAGGACAGAAAUGAACUUUGCCAUAUAAUCCAGAUACUGGAAAUACUAGCAGCAGUUCGUGAAGAGGAGCCAUUAGAACUGGCCAACAUUAUCUAUAACAACAGUAUUAAAAUUUUCUUUCCAGAUAUGUAAAUCUAGUUAAUUCAAUUCAUAAAAUAAAGUAUUCUAAGCCUACUCCCUAAUUCUGAAAUCAUUAUUUAGAUGUCUGUUUGCUGUACAGGAUGGCAUAGUUAAAAAUACAUAUGUGGAAAUUCUCAGAACACUUUUGUUGUGCAUUUUCUGGCAUUUAAAAAGUUUUCUUCUUUGCCAGUAUUUCAGAUAAUGUUAUUGUGUAAUUGCACAGUAACCAGAAUUCCGCUCAAAAGACUUGUAAUAGAGUUCCAUAAAUAAAUAUAUCUUCUUCAUU